GAAGCUGGUGUCGGUGUUCGCCGGCCGGCCGACGCACCUGCAGGUGGCGCUGCAGCGGGACCGGCUGGUGGCCGGCAUGCCCCGGAUGGUACUCGUCAUCCUGCUCGGCUCACUGGGCCUGGUGGCGGUGAUCGUCUGCAUGCUCUGCGUGACCCUGUGCACCAGCCGCUCUGGCCGCAAGCGCCGGGGACGCGACAACAUGCGCAGCGUCUACGGCUUCCACCAGCUGAAGCAGCAGGCCAGCAAGACGCUGAACAUGUACGAGGACGACUCGGACGAGGAAACGCUGGGCCAGUUCCAUGACGUACCGCUCACCAAGACCAAAGCCGCGGGCGGCGCUGCCCGGCCGCUGCGGCCGUUCCACGACCUGCCGUCGUCCGACAGUAGCUCCGAGGAGGAGGUGUUCAUUCCGGGCGGACGCAGCUUGCUGCGGAGGUAGGCCGCCGACAGUCGUCACCGGCCACGCGCACGUGGAGACGCCUGCCGCGGAGGUAGGCCGCCUACAGCCGUCGCCGGCCACUCCUCGCACGUGGAGACGCCUGCUGCGGAGGUAGGCCGCCGACAGCCGUCGCCGGCCACUCCUCGCACGUGGAGACGCCUGCUGCGGAGGUAGGCCGCCGACAGCCGUCGCCGGCCACUUCUUGCACGUGGAGACGCCUGCUGCGGAGGUAGGCCGCCGACAGCCGUCGCCGGCUACUCCUCGCACGUGGGGACACCUGCUGCGGAGGUAGGCCGCCGACAGUC